GAGAGAUAGAUACAGAACAAGAACACAGAGAGAAGGGACUAGAGAUAGAGAGACUGUGUGUUGAGAGAGAGAAACAGACAGAAGGGUCCGGGGGAAAAAAGAGAGAGGCAGUGUGUGUGAGAGAGAAACAGAGAAGGGGGAACUGGGUUAGAGAGAGAGAGAGAGUGACCGAGAGAAGGGAACAGGGUUAGAAAGUGAGGCAGAGAGAAGGGGACACGGAUAGACAGAGUGAGACAGAGAGAGGAUUCAGGCCUGAGAGAGAGAAGGGAACAGAGAUAGAGACUGAGUGAGACGGAGAGGAACAGGAGUUUAAUAGUGAGAGAGAGAGGAACAGGGUUAGAGAGUGAGAGAAGGGAACAGGGAUAGAGACAGAGUGAGAGAGAGAGAGAGGAACAGGGUUAGAGAGUGAGAGAAGGGAACAGGAAUAGAGAGUGAGACAGUGAGAGAGAAGGGAACAGGGGAAGACAGAGUGAGAGAGAGAGAGAAGGGAACAGGGGAAGACAGAGAGGAGCAGGGUUAGAGACAGACGGAGAAAGGGAACCGGGGGGAGAGAGGGUGAGAGCGGGACUGUGCCCCCGAGUGCUCUGGCAGCUGAGGGCAGUGCUGUGCAUGAGUCUUUCCCCCCCAGCCCCCUCAGUGCGUUGGCAAGGGCCGGAUGUCGCUGUUGCUGGGUCUGAUGCUGCUGCUAGCCUGUGCCCCGGGAGCACUCAGCUUCUCCACGUGCCCAACCCUCGACAUAGAGCUGUACAGGCACCGGAGAAUCGAGGCUAUCCGAGGACAGAUCCUCAGUAAGCUGCAGCUUAAGGAGGCUCCCGACCCUGAUGACCUUCCUGAUGAAGUGCCUCUGGAAACCAUGAUCCUGUACAACAGCACCCGGGACAUGCUGAGGGAAAGGGCUCGCCGUAGGGAGACCCUGUGUGUGAGGAGCGGCCCAAUGGAAUAUUACGCGAAGGAUAUGUACCGCUUGGACAUGGUCCCAGCCAGCUACCGAGAGAAUACUAUUUCCAGCAGUUUCUACAACCCAUACUUUCGGUUGAUCCACUUUGAUGCUUCCAGCCUGGAGAAAAACGUCUCGAGCCUGGUAAAGGCGGAAUUCCGACUGUAUCGUAUCCGACACCAGAAAUCCCGAGUGGCAGAGCAGAGAAUCGAGCUGUACCAGGUUCUGAAGGCCAGAGAUCCAGCCUCCCCCGCUCAGCGUUACAUUGACAGCAGGGUGGUACAGCCCCGGGGCGUGGGGGAAUGGCUAACCUUCGAUGUGACCGAGACAGUCAGCGAGUGGUUGCUGCACCGAGACAGAAACCGGGGAUUGAAGGUGACUGUUCAUUGUCCAUGUUGCACUUUCAUCCCAUCAUCCAACAAUAUCAUCUCCAACAGCAGCGAGGAGUUUGAGGCCCGCUUUGCAGGUAUCGACGAUGACCCCUACACGGGAUAUCCACGGGGACGGAGGCAGAAGCGACUGGCCGCUCUCAGGAAGCCCCACAUCCUGUUCACCCUCCUGCCCUCCCAUAGGCAGGACCCCCAGGCCAACGGCCUCCGCUGGCGCCGUGCUGUGGAGGAGGACAUCUGCUCCAGGAAUGUGGAGGACGAAUGUUGCCUCCAUCAUCUCUAUGUUGACUUCCGGAGGGACCUGGACUGGAAGUGGAUCCAGGAGCCAAGGGGAUACAGGGCCAACUUCUGCGGGGGGUCCUGCCCCUACCUCUGGAGCUCGGAUGUGCUGCACGGCAAGGUCCUGAACCUGUACAGGUCCCGCAAUCCCAAGGCAUCUGCUGCCCCCUGCUGUGUGGCCAAUGACCUGGACGCUUUAGCUGUCAUGUACUACGUGGGCCGCAGGGCGAAGGUUGCCCAGCUCUCUGACAUGAGCGUACAGUCAUGCAAGUGCAGAUGAGGCUCAGGGCGGGCGCGGUGAGGGUGGGGGUGGGGGGGAAUGGCUUGUAUGUGUGUGUGUGUGUGUGUGUGUGUGUGUGUGUGUCUGCAUCUGUUGUGUAUCUGUGUGUGUGUGUAUAGGUCGGUGGGUGUGUGUGUGUGUAUAGGUCUGUGUGUGUGUGUACAUGUGUGUCUGUGUGUGUGCGUGUGUAUAGGUCAGUGGGAGUGUGUGUAUGUGUGUAUGUGUGUGUGUGUAUGUGUGUGUCUGUGUGUGUGUAGGUCGGUGGGUGUGUGUGUGUAUGUCUCUGUGUGUGUGUGUGUAUAGGUCUGUGUGUGUGUGUGCGCGUGUGUAUAGGUCGGUGGGUGUGUGUGUCUGUAUGUCUCUGUGUGUGUGCGUGUGUAUAGGUCGGUGGGUGUGUGUGUAUGUGUGUAUGUGUGUGUGUGUAUGUGUGUGUGUGUGUGUGUGUGUGUGUAUAGGUCUGUGUGUGUGUGUGUGUGUGUGUGCGCGUGUGUAUAGGUCGGUGGGUGUGUGGGUGUGUCUCUGUGUGUGUCUCUGUGUGUGUGCAUGUGUAUAGAUCAGUGGGUGUGUGUGUGUGUGUCUCUGUGUGUGUGCAUGUGUAUAGGUCGGUGGGUGUGUGUGUGUGUGUCUCUGUGUGUGUGCAUGUGUAUAGGUCGGUGGGUGUGUGGAUGUGUCUCUGUGUGUGUGCGUGUGUAUAGAUCAGUGGGUGUGUGUGUGUGUGUCUCUGUGUGUUUGCAUGUGUAUAGGUCGGUGGGUGUGUGUGUGUGUCUCUGUGUGCGUGCGUGUGUAUAGAUCAGUGGGUGUGUGUGUGUGUGUCUCUGUGUGUGUGCGUGUGUAUAGAUCAGUGGGUGUGUGUGUGUGUGUCUUUGUGUGUGUGCAUGUGUAUAGGUCGGUGGGUGUGUGUGUGUGUGUAUAGAUCAGUGGGUGUGUGUGUGUGUGUCUCUGUGUGUGUGCAUGUGUAUAGGUCGGUGGGUGUGUGUGUGUGUGUCUCUGUGUGCGUGCGUGUGUAUAGAUCAGUGGGUGUGUGUGUGUGUGUCUCUGUGUGUGUGCGUGUGUAUAGAUCAGUGGGUGUGUGUGUGUGUGUCUCUGUGUGUGUGCAUGUGUAUAGGUCGGUGGGUGUGUGUGUGUGUGUGCGUGUGUAUAGAUCAGUGGGUGUGUGUGUGUGUGUGUGUCUCUGUGUGCGUGCGUGUGUAUAGGUCGGUGGGUGUGAUUGGGUGCCUGUGUAUGUCUGUGUGUGUGUGUAUACUAAGGAGGAUCGUUGCACAGGAGGCCAUUCAGCCCCUAGCUCAAGCCUGUUACACAGUAACAGCAGAAUACCAUUCAAACCCCUUCUUGAGCCUGUUACAUGGGAACAAGAGGAGGCCAUUCAGCCCCCUCCUCAAACCUGUUCCGCAGAAUCAGGAGGUCGGCCCUUCAAUCCAGGAAGGAUUGGGGAACUGGCGACCUCACGCUGGCCGGGUGGAGGGAAGGCUCAAUUUCUUACAGCUCUUCUACCCUGUGUGUGUGUGUGUGUGUGUGUGUGUGUGUGUGUCUGUGUGUGCGUGUGUGUGUGUCUCCCUCUCUAUCUCUCACUGUCUCCUCCAAGUCCCUAUCCCAUCCAUAUCUCCCUAGGGAGUUCCAACGCAUUUCUGAUGAAAGGUCUAGGCCCGAAACAUCAGCUUUUGUGCUCCUGAGAUGCUGCUUGGCCUGCUGUGUUCAUCCAGCCCCACACUUUGUUAUCUUGGAUACUCCAGCAUCUGCAGUUCCCACUAUCUCUGACCAGUGAUAUAACCUGCCUCGUCUCUCUCUCUCUCUACAUCUGCACACUCGCACUGUCCGUACAUGCUGGACACAUCUGAGUAUUAUGCAUCAACAAAGAGUCUGCCUCGGAUUUUUGUCUCUGUUUCUUCUUUAAUGUUUUGUGUCACUUGUCCGUUGGGAAUCUUGUUGUUUUAAUUCCUAAAUGGCCUUUUGUGAAGAUGUUUGUAACCUGCCAUUCAUUAAACGUGUCAAUGUCAA